CCUAGCGAGUUGGAGGCUGAUCCUCCUAGCGAGUGGGAGGCUGAUCCUCCUAGCGAGUUGGAGGCUGACCCUCCUAGCGAGUUGGAGGCUGAUCCUCCUAGCGAGUUGGGGGCUGAUCCUCCUAGCGAGUUGGAGGCUGACCCUCCUAGCGAGUUGGAGGCUGAUCCUCCUAGCGAGUUGGAGGCUGACCCUCCUAGCGAGUUGGAGGCUGAUCCUCCUAGCGGGUUGGAGGCGGAUCCUCCUAGCGAGUUGGAGGCUGACCCUCCUAGCGAGUUGGAGGCUGAUCCUCCUAGCGAGUCGGAGGCUGACCCUCCU